AUGUCUUCCAAUUCCCCAGUCGGCUCAUUCCAGUUUCUGCUCGAGAAGCUGGAGUUUGUUUUCAAAGACUCAACCGAUGCUGAGCCCUUCGCCCUUAAGGCGGAUGACAUUAAGCAGUGCUAUGACCGUGUUGAGCAGAUCCUUGCGGGCCUCCUAAUCCACUACAACAUCCAUUUUGAUACUGAGAGGCGGGGCAGCACGCACCGAUAUCACGACAACCUUAUCAGUGCGUUCCAAUCACGGGACACUCCUCGAGAGAUCAGAGAGCCGCUAGGGACCGGCCCAAUCCAGGGAGUUCUUUUCGACGGCAAGUCAUUCCGCAACAAGCACAAAGAAUUCAAGGAACAACGUCUGGAUGAGGGUGGAUUACGCAGCUAUUUGGCUACAAUGGUAAAUGGACUCCCUUUGGUCAUUAAGGCGCUGAGGAAGGCAUGUGAGAACGCCAAAGUCAUGCUUGUGAGAUGUCCAGCAAAUGCGGAGGGAUGA